AUGCCGGCCGACGAGCACCAGGAUGCCGUCUCGGCCCUCCAAGAACCACAGUCGGCCCCCGCGCCGACCACAGAGCCCGCAGUCGUGGCCUUAGAGCCGCCCCAACCAAAAGCCGAGGUUGAGGACGACUCCGACUUUGACGAGCUGGACGAUGUCCUGGACGAUUUCUCCAAACCAAAGGCACAACCCUCACCACCACCAACGGCGGCAGCCGCCCCCGAGACGGGCGCCACGCCCGCAGACUUUGACGAGGAUGCCUUCCUGAAACAGCUGGAGAAGGACAUGGCCAACAUGAUGACACAGGCGCGACCGCAGUCUGGCGCACCGGACGACCAGAGUUUCCAGGCGGCGGUGGAUCAGGGCGCGGACGCGUUCGCGAAACAAUUAGAGGAGAGCGGGAUUCCGCCGGGAGAUUUCCUGAAACAACUUCUUGCAGAUGUGAUGGCCGAGGAGGGGAGUGGUGACAGCGCUGCACUAUCGGCUGCCUUUGCCUCUGCCUCAACCUCGACACCCCCUCCGGUCUCGUCAAACCCCCCAGCAGCAUCGGCCGCAGCAGACUCAGCAGACCAACCAGCAGACUCCUUCAACGACGCAAUCCAGCGCACAGUCAACCGCAUGAAGGAAUCCGGCGACCGUGCCACAGCAGCAGCCUCCAAUGAAGACGAGUUCUCGGAUGACAUGAUCGCGCAGCUCCUCAAAGCCGUGGAGGCCGGCGCAUCCGGUUCUGGCGAGGACGGUGACCUGACGAAGAUGUUCAUGGGAAUGAUGGAGCAGCUCUCGAACAAGGAGAUGCUGUACGAGCCGAUGAAAGAGCUGGACGGCAAGUUCGGCCCGUGGAUUGAGAAGCAUAAGGCCGACGGCGCCAGCACCGUACCUGCGGAGGAUAUGGAGCGCUAUGAGGCCCAGGCAAGGAUUGUGAAGCAGAUUGUCCAGAAGUUUGAGGAGGAGGGGUAUACGGAUGAGGAUUCCAAGUGCCGCGAGUAUGUGUGGGAGAGGAUGCAGGAGAUGCAAGCUGCUGGUAAUCCGCCCGAAGAGCUGAUUUCGAACCCGUUCAUGGGGGAUCUCGGGGCUGCGGGAGCGGCGGGCGCUGGGAUCCCGGAUUGCCCGCAGCAAUAA